AUGGCCAUCACCUGUCCAGUGACAGGCCGGGAGGGAGGCCCGCCGGCAGCUCUGACAUUCCAGAAACCUGGACACGCGCCGCCGGCCACUCCCCAUGAGGGAGGACCCUCGGCCCUCGGCCCGCGCCGGGGUCGCACGUCCCGCACGCCCCACCUGAACCCGCAGGGCCAGCAGCCACCGUUCCUGAUGGGCCGGGGAGCCUGCCCACUUCGAGCCCUCAAGACCCGGGUACCCGCCCCAGAGGCCGCAGGCCCCCUCCCCCAGCAACGCUCCCCGCAACCCGUCCGCACCCUCAGGAGGAUCUGGCCCAGCCGAAGAGCAGCCCGAUGCUUAAUUCGCAGCGUCACCGGGGCUCCUUUUGUCUGUUCUGCUCUGGAUGAAGUCGAUGAAUAUGUUAAACUCAGCCCCGAAGAGCAGCACAAAAGACUGAAGUCCAUCAUAAAGAAAAUUGACCUGGACUUGGAUGGCUUUCUCACGGAAAGUGAGCUCAGUUCAUGGAUUCAGAUGUCUUUUAAGCACUAUGCCAUGCAAGAGGCCAAGCAACAGUUUGUGGAGUAUGAUAAAAACAGUGACGACGUGGUGUCUUGGGAUGAAUACAACAUUCAGAUGUACGAUCGGGUGAUCAACUUUGAUGAAAGCCCGGCCCUGGAUGACGCAGAGGAGGAGUCUUUUAGGCUGGUGAGUACAAGUGCACAAGCUGUUCUGUGUGAUCGGAUCACUGUGCUUCAUCUUCCCACACGACUGAGCGCAAGGGCGCCCGAGAUCUUGCUCUGUAGGCAGUCACCCGUUCCACUCCAGAGGUCAGUUGGAUGGUUUCCUUCUUUGCUAGCCAGAUGGAGGACGCUGACUUGCACGGCCUCGUAACGCCCCUGCAUCUGUUUGCCUCAGCUGCUCUGCCCGCCCUCGCUGCCCUCAUAGCUCCUUGAUGCAUUCUAGACACGUUUCUAAUAUCUUCCUGUUCCCAUCAUCACUGAACAGCUUUAUAGCAUGCUUAUGUAGAAGGCUGUUGUGGCCUGUUCACACUUUUAAACAGAGUUUUAUAUUAAAUAACUCGCUUAUUUCUUUUCUUCCAAAAGGUAUAAAGUUUAUUGUUCUUCCUCCUGAAGUUUUCAGAGGACAGCAUUCUGUGUUGGCUAGGCCUUCACAGAAUGUGGACGGGUACAAGUUAUCAGCUACAGAGCAAUGAUAAGGCUGAUCGGUUUCAGAUAGAGAUGUCGGUUGGGAGACAGAGCUC